UUUGUAAUCAGCCAAUCAAAUCGCUUGAUUUCGGGAUUAGCGGCGAGUUUGAAUGCGGAAAACAUGGCAGCAAUCGAUGCGUGCAAAGGAAAGAGUUGAAGGCGAUUGACAGGAUUUUGACACCCUGAUUACUGUUUAUAUUCCGAGUAAAAGGACAUCAAGGAUUUCCUGUAUCUUGAGCCUUGAAGUUUAAUUUAACAUCAUUAUUUGAAGAAGAACUGAUUUGGACAAUGGCUGGACCCAUGGAAGUGACAGAUUCUCAGCUGAGUUGCAGUACGACAUUCAGUACAUCAACCAUGAAUGAUACCACAAGAACAAGUUCAUUGACUCCUGUGGAUGUAAGGUUUUGUUUGAUAGGAGCCAAGCUAAAAGAUCAUACCCAGCUACAUCAUGCAUUACAAAAAAUGAAGAUGCCUUACGUGUUCUCCGACACCGGGCAAGAAUAUACCGUCCAAGAUGAGCAGGCGGAGACCGUCUUCGUCAUGUCAGAGUUUGAAGGAGAAAUUUUUGAAUCGUUGUCAAAUAAAAACCGUCACAUUCUAGGCAGCACGGCAAUAUUACAGAGUGCAGCUACAGAUGAGCAUCUUCCCUGUGUGACGAGACCGCUGUUCUGUCGGCACAUGGACAAGCUGGUCAUCUGCUUCACAGGGUUCUUGGACAAGGCUGAAAUCAAGCAAUUGGUCGUCCUGGUUCACAACAUGGCCGGUAGCAUCCGCAAGGACUACGGUCCUCGCGUCACGCAUCUCGUGGCUAACUCAUCCAGCAGUGAGAAAUACAGGGUUGCUGUUAGUUUAGGCACUCCGAUCAUGACCAAAGAAUGGAUCCACGCUACGUGGGAUAGACGACAUCAGCAAGAUUGCGGUGCGACAUCAGAAGAAAUGUUGAAAUAUAAGAUGCCUCCGUUCUUUGGAUGUACACUUGGUUUUGUUGGCUUUACGCAAGAAGAUCAGAAGCACAUGGAGGAAGUUACACAAACACAAGGUGGAAUCGCAGAAUCGACUGCAAACGAUUCCUGCACACAUAUAGUCGUUGACGAGAACACAGUGGCUGAACAAGCCUUGGACUACCCAAGCAAAAUCAAAGUGGUCAAGCAGGAGUGGUUCUGGGCCAGUAUUCAAAUGGACGCAAGAGCGGAGGAAAAUCUAUAUACCUUCAGAAUGCAAUCCACCCCGGCCUCUCUCCAUGGCACGCCCACCCUAAUGUUCAGUGGACCCAAGUCCACCCGCAAACGUCGUCUCAAGGACAGUAUCGCCGCUCUCAGCUGCGACACCGACCACAUGGAAACUCCCACCAUGCCUGCGCAGAAGAGACGAUCCAGCUUCAAUGAGGGCGCUAGCUGCAUGUCCAUCUCGGCCUCGUCCAUCCUUGACUACAGUCAGACACCUAACAGCUCAGCAGCACUAGCAGCUGAACCAUGUACCCCUAUGGAGACAGAAACCCCCAAGAAGCCAGCCGUACCAGCGCAGCCCCUAUCAAAACGACACAUGACAGUCAUGGAGUUGCUACAGACUGAGAUCAACUAUGUGAAGAUCUUAGAUACCAUCAUCACUGUGUUCAAAGAACCGUUGGAGACAGAGCAGACCGGUGGCCCCAUCCUAGCCCAGGAGGAGAUCAAGACCAUCUUCAAUCGUAUUCCAGACAUCUAUGCCGUUCAUUGUAGGCUCAAGAACGACAUCCAGGCUCUCAUAGACGACUACUCGGAGGACAAGAGCAUCGGUCAAAUAUUCCUGAGACAUUCCACUGAUAUGGGGAAAGCAUACCCACCUUUUGUAAACUUCUUUGAGAUAGCCAAGCAGACGGUGGUGCAGUGUGAUAAACAGAAGCCUAGGUUUCAUGCAUUCCUCAAGAUUUGUCAGAGUAAACCGGAGUGUGGUCGGCAGUCCCUGACAGAACUCCUAAUCCGUCCAGUCCAGAGGUUACCCAGUAUGAUCCUCCUCCUGUCUGAUCUGUCAAAGAGAACAACCGACUCGCAUCCAGACUACAGGCAUCUCAAAGAUGGGCUUGAGGCUCUCAAGAAGGUCACAGAACAAAUUAACGAAGACAAGCGGAAAACGGAGGGCCACACCCAAAUGUUUGACAUCAUGAAUGAGAUAGAGGGCGUCCCAGCUCACCUGCUUUCAGCGCACCGUCAUUUCAUCACGAAGAUCGACGUAUCCGAGAUCGGGAAGGGAGACUCGUUCGGCGAGAAGGGCAUCUGUAUUACCAUGUUCCUCUUCUCCGACACACUCGAGAUCUGUAAGAAGCGAGUAAAGCAUGGUAACACAAAAACAUCUCAGAAGACCUUCAAACACAUAGAGCUCCUAAAUCUGUCCUAUAUCAGAAGAGUUCUCGACAUCACUGAAACGGACGAAUGCCAUAAUGCCUUUGCCUUGCUGUGUAAGCCGCCCAUGGUGGACGUCCUAGAGAGGACGGAUCGUCUCUACAUGUUUGCUGUGUCUGGAGAUGAGAGCUGUAAGACGGAAUGGCUCAAGAUCUUAUGUCAGCAUAUGGCCAACACAACUUGUAAAACAGAUGCUGAGAAUUUUCUGUGCAAGAUUUCUCCCGAGGACCUUGAGCUUUCUAAGAGUGACUUUGAUGUCAGCAGGAAGAACAAAGCUGUGAGAGCUGCAAAGAGAGCCACCAAGAAAGUGUCGAGGACAUUCUCUUUCAACCGGACUCCCCGGCGGUCAAUUCAGAGAGCGGUCAACAGUGUAUCAUCUAACUUCAGCCCAAUGGUCAAUGGCGAAGGGGUCAGCCCUCAGCAGUUUAGCAAGAUGGGUGCGAGGUUAGCGGGUACUAUGACACUCAAGGCACUUUCACCUCUGGCAAGGAGAACACCGCUCACCCCGCGUCACUUACAGAAGAGUCUUACAAUGGGACCGUCAGCUAGUAAAAAUAUGUGAACUUGUCAAAUUCAACAUCUAAAGUAACCAGGCUCAUCACUCACAGGGAAGUUGUGAUAUGAGACCGUAAUCUAGUAAAAAAAAAUGUUUAAGUCAUCAAAAUGACAUCCAAAUUAAUGAGCCCUGUCGUAUCAGUGAACACCAAGCUGAUACAUGUACACUUACCACCGACCAGGCAAUCAAUUUGAAAUCCAUUACAAUGAAGGCAAGAAAUGAAUGCAGAUUCGUGACUUCUGAUUGGUUGUUAAAAGCUUUGAGUCACAUGAUUCCGGAGGAAGAUUGGAUGAUCAAUGUAAAUAUCACAAGUCCACAAGAUAAUGACAUUACGAUAACGUGCCCCUUUCAGUAAGUAUAUAUAUUGGUUUUUUGAAAAAUGUGGAGUUUAUAUAUGAUAGGAACAAUAUUCCUAUUUUUAAAGUGUAAGAUUCAGAUAAAAGAGAAUUUAACUCAUUCAUCUGCAUUGUAUAAAACAAACUAAUUUCUUAUGAUAGGUUUGUAUUCAAUAUUAAGUAACAAACAUUCAAACUAUGUGAUAUAUGGUGGAUAAUUGUUGUAUACUUUAUUUGUAUUCAGUAUGGGCUAGUCCAUUUUAACUCUACGGAUCAUAUCAUCUGGGCAUAGAGACAGUUGUACUGAAUAUAGCGCUGAAUACAAAAAUACCAUCUCCAUUUGAAUUACAUAAUAUCAUUAUUUCCUGGCUUAUCAGACUCAAAUUAAGAAAACAGGUAUAUUGUCACAGAGAAAAUGAUGUAAACAUAGCUCUUCCUUUAAAAGCUCUUCCUUUAAAGGAGAAUGAAACUCUUGGAGCAAGUUAGCUUUUGUGAAAGCAGGUAAAAUAAAAGAAUAAGAUCAACAAAAGUUUGAGUAAAAUAGGACUAGCAAUAGAAGAGUUAUGAGCAUUUGAAUGUCGAGAUCACUAAUGCUAUGGAGAUCCUCCCAUUGGCAAUGCGACCAAGAUCUAUGAUGAGACAGAUGAACAACUCUCCCCUUUUGGACACUGAAAAUAUACCCCAAAACAUCUCUUUUUGCUCAUUCUAAUCAUAUGACAAACGAUUCAUCAAUGAUAUAAUGUUGUGAAACCUCUGUACUUGUCCUCUCAUAAAGAGAACACCUCACCUUGUGAUAGACUCUAUAAAAGUGAGAAUAUAAGUGAAAUUAGUACUAAAGUAAUGAGGGAGUUGUAAGUGUGUGACAUCACAGAUCUUGGUCGCAUUGCCAAUUGGAGGAUCUACAUGGCAUUUGUGAUCUCGACAUUUAACUGCUCAUAACUUUCUUAUUAUUUAUUCAAUCUUCCUCAAACUUUCAACAAUAUGUUUCUUUGAUUUUUCUCUUUGAUAUGGAUUCAGCUGGUUUCAAGGGUUUCAUUCUCCUUUAAAAGCACAAAAUGGUGAUUGAAUCCAGUCCCAUGUUUCAUAAAGCUGUUCGUAAAUUACGAAUGAUUUUACAAAUGACUGGUAAACCCUUUCUUGUGUUAAAAUGAUAUAUCCCUACCAUGCCUACAUAACUGACCUAGCACCAGAGAACAUGUUCCAGCCGUAUGUAACUUUACGAACGUUCUGCUUUAUUAAAGGAGAAUGAAACCUUUGAAACAAGAUAGCUUGUGUGACAACAGAAAAAUCAAAGGAACAGAUCAACGAAAGUUUGAGAAAAAUCGGACAAAUGAGAAAGUUAUGAGCAAUUGAAUAUUGCGAUCACUAAUGCUAUGGAGAUCCUCACAUGGGCAAUGCGACAAAUAUGUGUGAUGUCACUUGUGAACAAAUCUCCCCAUUACUUUAGUAUAUAUUUCACUUAAAUUUCCUCUUUUAUCACAUCUAUCAGUAGAUCAUGUGUUCUUUCUAUAGGAGGGCAUGUAAUACAGAUUUUUAAAGAAUACAUCAUGGAUAAAGAGUUUGUAUCACCCUAGGAAAGAGCAAAAAUAUACAUUUUGGGGGUAUUUUAUAGUCCAUCAAAGGGAAAGUUGUUCACAUGUGACAUCACACAUCCUAGUCGCAUUGCCAAUGUGAGGAUCUCCAUUGCAUUAGUGAUUGCAAUAUUUAAAUGCUCAUAACUUUCUCAUUAUUUGUCCGAUUUUUCUCAAACUUUCGUUGAUCUGUUUCUUUGAUUUUUCUGUUUCGACACAAGCCUACUUGUUCCAAAGGUUUCAUUCCCCUUUAAACUCCCACCUUGUGAUUUAUACAUGUAGUUUGUUUCUGAAAUAUGCAUGGCAUGUCGUAAUCGCUUUUUUUUUUGUUAACCUAUAAUUGAUCGCUACCUUCAUCUGUGGCUCUGCCUGCAAUUGCAGUGAUUUUUGCAGUCUAUUUGGGCAAACGGAAAUGUUCAAUUCUUAUUGGUUACACAGUACACCUAUGUGUGUUUAGACUGCAUUCCUGCUUUAUUUACCCGGUAUUUAUUUUGCUCUUUGAAUUUUAAUGAGGCUUCAUGCACUCCACUGCUUUUUGUCAUUCUCUUGACGAUUAAAAAAAUAUAUAUAUUACUGACCUAUCCACAAAAUUGUCUAUUACUCGUAAUUCAAAAGACCCUUUCAGGGCAGCUAUUUAUUUGAAUUCAUUAUGACUGAUGUUUAAAAAAUGUCAACUCCAAGUUCUCAAGAUUCUUCUGUAUCACGUAACAUUAAAGUUGCAAUUAAUCUUACGAUUCCUAUCAGCCGUGAGUCCCUUGCAAGAGAGAAAGUUAUAAUUGAAUUUAAGAUUGGUUGAAUUUCUGUUUCACCGGUAACAGGAUUGAGUUUAUUUGAUCAGCCUCAAUCGGCUUACACUGACUGGCCGCUGAUAUUUUGGAAACCCUUUUCAUUUUCCCCAUUUGUACUAUAAUAUAGAAUGUGCCCUUUUGGAAAUUGGCAUUGCCCUAAAAAUAUAUUGAAAUCUAAAAGGUGGGGUGGCAUUUCAUCUACAUGAAAUAAGCUGAUAUUGGUAAUUAAAUGAAAUGUUGAACUAUAUUGUAUUCAUUUACAAGGAAACUAUUUAUUAUGCAUCUUGUCAGAUUAAAGAGUCACAACUUGAAAUGUUAUUAUUUUAGUUGGGCUCUGGCAAAAAAAAGGGUUUUGUUUAUGAUUUAUGCCAUGUAUAUUCUAUCUGAACAUGAUUUCUCUAAGUUAGCUCAUUCAAUCAGGCAUGAUUACAUGUACAAUAGAAGUUUGUCAUAACAAGAUUGAUAGAGGUGAGAAUAAAAUUAUUAGUGAGGGAUAAUUUACACUUAUAGUGUGAACAUCAAUGUUUCUGUGAUUUUAGUAAUUUAUUUCCCAAUGUCGGGUAGAUCAUAGAUGUUAAGGUAUCAGUUAAAAGCAAAGCUUUUAGUAAUCGGGUAUAUUUUCUCUUAUUUUCCUCCCUUUAGAAACAUGUGUGUAUCAUUCUACUUUUAUUGAUUAUAUUCAUUUUUGUUGUAUUCAUUCAUUUCCUAUUUCCAGCUUUGAGUUUGUUUUUACUCUGAGAUUCUUCUGCGCCAAAAACUCAUGUACAUUUGUAAAAUAAUACAUUACUUGCUCCUUGUAGAUAUAAUAUAUUGGCCUUGAUUAACUUGCAGUAUUGAAUGGUCAACCUGUUGUGACAGUGAUGUAUAAAAAUGAUGACGGCCAUCUUUGUUUUGACCAAGCUUUCUAAUAAUGUACUUAGAUUAUCUUCCGUUUUUAUUUGCUUUUUAUACAGUACUAAAACUUCUUCAUGUUAUAUGCUUUUUUGCAGACUUCUCCUUUACCUUUUUUGCUAUUUUUUGCCUUUCUUUCACUUCUACCUUGCUUUUCCUGGUUCAAAUUGACUUUUCUUUCAGGAAAUGGUGAAACCAAAUUUAGAAAGUUGAUAUAUACAUAGAUAUUUUUCUAGUGUCCUAAUGUCUUUGUUUGGAUCUAAAAAUGGCAUUGUAACAUUUGUGAUAAUUUUUUGUGGGGCUUAAAAGAAAUUCAUAUUUUGCCAGGUCUUGGAAUUUCUAAUCAAUCACACUUCUAAAAAAGUUAGAACUUUGUGAAGUCAAAUAUUAAUCCAAUGUAUUUUAUGUUUUUUAAUCAAUAUUUUGCAUAAACUACUCUUUUGGGUUUUCUCUUGUAGAUCAAACAGUGAUAAGGGCUAUUUACCUGUAUUUAGUCUGGUUUUUCAGCAUUUUAUUUGGUCUUGAUUAUGAAUAUAUGAGCAACAAAUACUCAUGUAUGAAGAUAUGCAGAUUGGCUCCAGUUAUAUUAAUAUAAAACAAACUAUUCUAUGACUAUUAAAGAAAAUUAACUUGAUUUAUACUCAAAAGAGAUUUAAUCAUACAAAAUAUUUAUUGCAAAUUGUAACUAUUUCAAUGACACACUUGUAAUUUGCCAUUUAUAAUGGCUGAAAUUUUAAAAUGAAAAAAAAAUGCUGAAUAAUUUACAGUGAUGUACAUGUGGUGUAAGUAUUUUUAGUGACAUUGUACUUAAAUCAAAUUUUAAGCUAGAUAUGGGGGAAUUAAUCAUCAAAUAUUAUACACUUCUAGACUACCCUUUUCCCUAUAACCCCCCCCCCCCCCAGUCAUUUACUUUAUAAUCAUUUCGUUAAUCCAUUCUAUAAAAUGCUUUACUAUGACCCUAUGACAAUAUACUGAAAUACAUUAUAACUGACUUCAUUUUGUACUAUGCUUAUUAUCUUCUGAAUUGGUUUAAAAUAGAUGGUCUCUUCAUUUGUUUUUCAUGUAGAUGUAAAUUAUGUCUUGUAUUUCUGUUGAUAGUAUCUACAUUCAAAUGUAAUUAAAAUAUGUAACUGUAUGUAAUAAUGUGA